AUGGAUUUUACUAAACCUGAGACUGUGUUGAAUUUACAAAAUAUUAGAGGUGAAUUGAUCAAGAUGGAAGAUUCUAUUAUCUUCAAAUUUAUCGAAAGAUCACAUUUUGCUACUUGCUAUGGUGUCUAUCAAAUCGAUAACCCAAACCUCACUCUUGGCUCGGAUUUCCACGGCUCUUUCCUAGAUUGGGCUUUGAUGCAUUUAGAGAUCACGCAUUCACAACUAAGAAGAUUUGAGUCUCCAGAUCAAACCCCAUUUUUCCCUGAUAAAAUACUUAAAUCGAUCCUGCCAAGCAUAAAUUACCCUAAGAUAUUGGCAAACUAUUCGAACGAAAUCAAUUAUAAUGAUAAAAUUAAAAAAAUCUAUAUUGAAAAGAUGGUCCCACUUAUCUCCAAAGUAAAUAAAGAUGAUCCAAACAACUAUGGGUCAAUUGCAUCUUGUGAUAUUGAAUGUUUACAGAGUCUAAGUAGAAGAAUCCAUUUUGGGAAAUUUGUAGCUGAAGCUAAAUACCAAGCUAAUAAAGAAUUGUAUAAUGAUUUAAUCAUUAAGAAGGACGUUGAUGGAAUCAUGCACAAUAUAACUAAUACAGAAGUGGAAGCUAAGAUCUUGGAAAGAUUGACUAAAAAGGCAGAAGUCUAUGGUGUUGAUCCAACUAACGUUGAAGGGGAAAGAAGAAUAACACCCAAGUAUUUAGUCAAGAUUUAUAAAGAAUUUGUUAUUCCAAUCACGAAAGAAGUCGAAGUAGAAUACUUAUUAAGAAGAUUGGAAGAUCCAAAUUAA